AAUGGUGUGGACACUUGGAACAAAUUCCUUAGAUAGAACCUAUGUGGAUUGCUGCAGAAAGUCAACCUAAAACUAACAGAAGGCCAAAAUAAUAGUAAUAAUUUAUCAACAUGUUGAUGACUAGCUGAUUAUAUGGCCUAAUGAGUCAUUUUUAGUUAUUUAUAUAUAUGUAUAUAUAGCUAUAGAGAUUAUUAACAUGAUCCACAUAGAAAUUUUUAAGACAGAAAUUACAAACAGUUCAUCAGUUUUUGCUGAAAAUGUAUGUAACAAGGCCUCUUUCUUACUAUCAACAGAAUCCUGAGGCUCUUUCAUUACCUCCUGACGGUCCAAAUUCAGGUUACUUAGUGGUUCAAGAUGAGGAAUCUGAAACAUAUUGUUGUUUUGGACUUUGCAAAAAUCGUGAUCUCAUGGACCUGCCUUUCCCUCAGAACAAGAAUCUAACUGUUCGAUACGAAACUAGUGAUGGUGAGCACAAGAUUAUUCUCAAGGAAGAUGUAAUGUUCAUUCCAGUUCUUAAUAAACCACUGUCCUCCAAUCAAUAUUUUGCUAUCAAGCCUCAUGGAAAGAGCAAAGGAAAAGCAUUCGUGUGUUCAAAGGAGGAAGACAAACAAAACUGCUGUUUCUGCCGAUGUAUACGAGAUGUUAGACCGAAGCCAUUAGAUCCAGAUGAGGUAUAUCAGCAGUAUGAGAUCUGUCUAUAUGUUACAAGUUGCAGUGCCAAAGGUAGCUUUUUUGCUAAAUCUCUUGCACCUGAUGGUUUUCCACCGCGUUUUCUAAGGCGAAAAGGUUGGCAUCUUUGUGCCAAAACUCCUAAAAAUUAUGAACUAAGUGAUGAUGCUCUAGGCCUCAAUGCUGAGUUGAGACAACAACUUCCAGAGUUAAAUCUCACACCAUCUUGUAAAAGUUCUGAAGCUGUUGUUGUAGGGAAAUGGUAUUGUCCGUUCAUGUUUAUCAAAGAUGGAACAGUCAAAGUGCAAAUGGAGAGAUCAAUGUUCUAUGAAAUGACACUUGAACAGAAAUGGGAGCCGUUUUUCACUUGUCAAAAUGACUACAAGAAUGAAGGGAAUUCAGUACUUGUGGAUGUUGUUCUUGACACAGAAAUUGUCCUUAUUGCUGAAAGUAAAGCAAAAUGGGAUGAAACAAAUGUUGUUGAGGGAGUAAUAUGGUUUAGAAGCUAUGGUAAAAAUGGAAAAGAAAUACCUAGUGUAGGACUGAGACAAGAAAUAGUACAAAGAAUGAAGUGGGAACAAGAAAGAGGUGGAUGGCAAAAUCAAGGAAGAAUUAAACAAGUUCAACAAUACAGAGAAAAUGGUAGUAAAUGGAAGAAAUUCAGUUUCUAUGUCUUGAUUGAAAGGUUUGUGUUGAGGAGAAUGGAUAAAAGCGUGGUGAUGACUUAUGAUUUCAAGCACAUUGACAAGCUUAAGAGCAUAUGGGAGUAAUGUUAGGUGGCGAACACAAAAUUUUGCAUAAGUACUGUCGACUUGUUAUGACAAAUCGACUUGUACAAGUUUAGAUAUCGGUUUGUUAUCACAACUCAACUUGUACAAGACAGCCCACCCAUCGUGACAUGCACAGAACCGUAGCAUGGAUAACGCAUGUAUAUAUUAUGUAUAAUUUUUUUCUAAACGGUGUUGAAUGGCACCUUUUGC